AUGGCACACGCCGAUAUGACCGACAGCAGACGCCAGACCAAGGUGGGUCGUCCGACGCCAGGAGAUGCGCUCGCGCUUCAGCAUGUGGUCGAGGCGAUAGCUACAGGCUUGGACAACCAGGACGACGUUGAGAGCUUCCUCCAUGCAGUACCACGCUCGCUCUGGACGCCGGCGCUCACGGCCUUUCUCGACUGCAGCACGGCCAUGCCAUCAACGGUCAGCGCCAACUGGCCGCACAUCGAGCUGCUUAGCGCGGCAUUGCCGCCCUCGGUCUUGACGCUGCUCGCGGCGACGCUGCCGCUGCGUCCAUGCAUCAAACUCGAGUGCUUCGCGGACGCCAGCCCACUGGCCUCGCUCGUUGCCGUCCUCGGCCCUGCGCUCAGCUGCGUCCAUCUAUGUUUGAGCAGCGGCUGCACGGUCCGUGGUGGAGGCCAAGCGAUCAGCGACCUCCUCUUGCAGCGCUGCCCGCGUCUGCGCCACGUGGCUAUCUCGGUCGAUUCUUGUUCGCAGAACGAGGCCGUCGAGCUCAACGAUCUGCUCGCAGUCGUCGCCCACCCGCAUGUCGAGGAAUUGCAAAUCGACCUCGAGAACACGACCGCGCCGCCACGACUCGGGCAUCUCUUGGCUUCAUGGCUCUCGACGGCACCGGCGACGAAGCUCCGAUUGGCCCAUGCCGCCGGAAGGGACCAUGAUGCUGUCAUUGCGUUCAGCGAUGCGCUCCAAGCCAGCACGACGCUGCGAGAGCUCACCAUGCACAACACACCAGCCCUCGGUGGCUUCCACGGUCGCACGCUCCCAGUGUCCCUGAAGCGCUUCGAGUGGUGUAUUAGUUGCCCCAACUGCGUCGUCGACGAGACAGCGCUGACGGACCUUGCGACCGCCGUCGGGCUCACGCAGCUCGAGCAUCUCGAGUGCAGCUUCUUUGGCCUGCUGACGACAUACGCGGCGGCGGCGCCGAUGUUGUCGCAACUGCAGUCCCUUGUCGUCUCCGGGUUGAACGCUGACCACAUGCCGGCAUUGAUCGCGGACUUGUCGUCAGUCCCGGCGCUGACAUCUCUUGAGCUUCGCGAUUGCAACCUUUCGUCGUCGACGGAGCUCAUGGAGACGCUUGCGACGACGUGCGUGCAUCUCGAGACGCUCCGUGUCGAUGAUCGUGACUCGCGAUGGGUCGGUGGCCAGCUCGUAGCUGCGGGCCGCCACCUCCACUACCUCGAUCUGGCGACCAUCGGGCGCGACAGCGAUGAUCUGGAGAAGCGAGCGAUCUGCGAGGCGCUGGCGCAAGUCCAUGACGUCCCAUUUGUGCUCCAGACGUUGCCAGAAGGCGUGGACGAGUUCGUGGUCGACGCGCUCAGCCCACGCACCGAUCGUCGCCACGAGUGCGCCUUGCAUUUCUAA